AUGUGGUCUCCAAGGAGCAGAGGGUUCCCCGGCCUUGGCUGGCUUUGCCUUGGAGCUCUUUCCCCAGCAGUCAGCGGGCUCACGGUCGAGAUCUCGGUUGCGGAUGACCUACUGCCCAGCGCCACAGAUGGCCGUGUCAUGCUCAUGUUUGCCCCUGUUGGAACAGAUCCUCUCGACGACACCGACGUCGUCACCUCGCCCAAUCUGUUCUUUGGCAAGAACCUCUACCAACUUACCGAGACGGAAACAGCUUCUCUGGAGGGCGGCAGUGGUGAUCAGCCGCGGAUCGAUGUCUGGGGCUUCCCCAACAUCAGCCUAGAUGACGUCGCACCUGGCGAAUAUACCGUACAGGCAUUCUUCAACCCUUAUGAGAUAGUCACUCGCGCCGAUGGCUCGGUCGUGAGUGUCCAUUUUCCAUGUGGCGACGGAGCUGAACCAGUCGACGGACCCGGAAGCCUCACGACUGAAGCCAUUAACAUCAGUCUUGCCGAGAGAGACUCCCAAACCAUCCAGCUCACCUUCGAUAAUGUUACUGCCACCGAAGACUUCACUGGUACCGAGAUUGGCGGUUGCUCACAAGGCAAUUACGAAGAUCUGGAACUGCUAAAGUACGUCAAGAUCCGCAGCGAGCUCUUGAGCGACUUCUGGAAUAGAGACAUGUACAUUGGUGCCAAUGUUCUUCUGCCCGCCGGCUAUGAUGCCAAUGAUUCCAGCACUCUAUACCCGGUGAUUUAUCAUCAAGGUCACUGGCCCGGGGAAAGCGGCGCCUACGGAUAUCCCGACGACCCAGAUUUCGUUGCAGCUUGGGACAAUGGCACUCUGCCAAAUACCACCACGCCCGCCCCACAGAUCAUCCUCGUCACUUUCCGCCACGAGACCGCCUUCUAUGACGACUCAUACGCUGUCAACACCGCCAAUCUAGGUCCAUACGGCGACGCCAUCAACGACGAACUCAUCCCGCACCUUGAGUCUCUCUUCCACAUGAACCCCCACCCAUACGCCCGCAUUCAAGACGGCGGCUCCACCGGUGGCUGGGAAUCGGCUGCCAACCUGAUCUUCCGGCCAGAUCUCUUCGGCGCCUGCUUUUCCUCCUACCCGGACUCCCUCUCCUUCCGCCGCCACCAGGAUAUCCCACUGUACAACGCCACCAAUGCCUACACCAACCCCGACGGCAGCAAGAUCUACUCAAUCCGCGAAGUCGUCAACGACACGUUAACCGACGUCACCACCGUCGAGCAGGAGAACCACUGGGAGCUCAGCUUCGGCACCUCGUCGCGCUCCGCGCUGCAGUGGGACGUGUGGAACGCCGUCUUUGGCGUCCAAGGCUACAACCACUACCCCCUGGAGCCGUGGGACAAAGUCACCGGCGACAUCUACCCCGAAGCCGUCGAGUACUGGCGCAGCAUGGACCUGGCCGAGCACAUCACCUCCAACUGGGACAACGCGCUGAAUCUAGGCGAGGCCCUGAAAGGCCGCAUCUUCGUCUACGUCGGCAGCUGGGACAACUACUUCCUCAACGAAGGCGUCGCAGAAUUCCAAGCCAUCGUGGACGCCAAAGGCGGCGCGGGCUGGGCCAACGUCACGAUCCUUGAGGGCGAGGAGCACGGCGGCGUCUACCAGCUCCGAGACGUCUGGGAUUACCUCCAGCUCGUGGAGCAGUGGGUCACGGACCACGCGCCGGACGGCCAGACGCCCCUGGCUGACGACGCCACGUCGCCGUCGUCGCGAGGGAACCUGUGGGCAGACGUGCUCGCCAGGGGUGGUCGUGAGGCCGCGCUGGCACGCCAGGCGCCGCCCGCUGUGGCCCUCGUCGACGGUGUCAUCCAGGCGAGCGUGGGACGCUGGGAUCCCGGCGUCGCGCUGCAGGCGCAGUGGCUGGUCAAUGGGACGCCCAGCGGCGGCGCAGCUUUCGCGGUCGCGCCGGGCGAGAACGUGACGUAUACGGCGGCAGCAUCAUCAUGGACGAGCUGGCGGGCACAUGGCUCGGGAUCGCAGUCGCAGCUGCAGUUGCAGGUGACGGGCCGGAAGCGCGGUUACGAGGACGAGACGAGGACGAGUGAUAGUUUCAGGCUUUAG